UUUGUGUCCGGGAUUUUGUGAUAUCUCUACAUUUUAUUCGUUUAUAUUACUUUUGUUGAUAUAAUUAUUAUUCGAUCAUGUCUGAAAAGAAUCAUACUUCGCGAUUGUCCGCUUACAAAAACGCUGGUAUCGGAACUACUGAUCUCCGUCGCAAGCGAGCCGAGCUCAGCGUAGCGCUCCGCAAGCAGGCCAGAGACGAGCAGCUCCUCAAGCGCAGAGCGCUGUCUCCGGACGCCAAGGAUGAAGAUGUUCAGCCCAUCGAGAAGCUUCCCAGCCCCGCUGAUAUUGUCAAAGGCCUCAAGUCUUCAGACCUACCGCUGCAAACUUCAUCAGCCCGGGCUGCUCGCAGGAUCCUCUCAAGGGAGCAAAAUCCACCCAUUUCAUCCAUGGUGUCUGCCGGGGUCAUACCACCCUUGGUAGCUGCUUUAGAGAGAGACGAUUGUGUGGAUCUUCAGUUCGAAGCAGCGUGGGCUCUCACAAACAUCGCGUCUGGGACUCAUGACCAUACUAUGGCAGUUAUUGAGGGCGGCGCCAUCCCCAAGCUAGUGACCUUGCUGGGGCGCGGCGGCUCGGUCGGAGAACAGAGCGCGUGGGCGCUCGGCAACAUCGCCGGCGACGGACCCGCGCCGCGGGACGCCGUACUUAGAGCUGGAGCCCUGCCCGCGUUGCUACCUAGCAUGGCGCCGGGAGCCACCCCCAGCACGCUUAGGACUGCCGUGUGGACCUUUAGUAACUUCUGCAGAAACAAAAACCCGCUGGUGGCGUUCGAGUUGGUCGCCCCGGCUUUACCCUUCGUCUCAGAUCUGCUGGAACUACCAGAUACAGAUGUCUUAGCGGAUGCCUGCUGGGCCAUCUCGUAUUUAACCGACGGGCCCAACGAGCGCAUUGAGGAGGUGCAAAUGACCCCCAACCUGUUGCAACGUGUUGUGAGGCUGUUGGCGCACUCGGCUGCCGCCGUGAAGACCCCCGCGCUGCGGGCCGUCGGCAACAUGCUCACCGGCUCCGACGAACAGACGGACCGCUGCCUAGACGCCCGAUGCAUCAGCUAUCUCCUCAACCUGCUGAGCUGCGGCAAGUCCUCACUUGUCAAGGAGGCCGCCUGGGCCGCUAGCAACAUCCUAGCCGGGACACAGAUUCAAAUACAACGAGCGAUCGACCAGGGAAUGCCGAAACUCAUUUAUGUGCUGGCGCAUGAAGAUGCGAAAUGUCAAAAAGAAGCAGCCUGGGCCAUAACCAAUCUCUGUCUCGGCGGCAGCCCGGCGCAACUAGACGCGCUCAUUUCUGCUGGCUUCAUGGAGCCCUACUGCAAUCUACUGGGAGCUGCCGACCACAGAACUGUCACUGUAGUCUUGGACGGACUUACUAACCUCAUGCAGGCGGCCGAAAAGUACGGGCAGGUGGAGCCACUGUGCCUCAGACUGGAGGAGAUCGGCGCGCUCGACAAAAUCGAGGCUCUGCAGACGCACGAGAAUGAAUCGGUUUACAAGAAGACCCUCCACAUUCUGGACACCUAUUUGCCCGAGAACGAAGAUCAGAACGCGGCGCCGGAGCAGACCAGCGAAGAGUACCAGUUCGGCACUAACCAGCCCAACAACAUCAACACUUUUAAAUGGAAAAACACACUACUCUGUGCAAACUUGACGACCGGUCUGGCUCAGUCUGCAGGUAGUGACCCUGCCUGCUAAGCCGCGGUCCUGGGUUCGAAUCCCGGUAAGGGCAUUUGUUUGUGUGAUGAGCACAGAUAUUUGUUCCUGAGUCAU